GAAGACGAACAUUCGCGCUGAACCCAGGAGUAGCAGAGGAUCUGUAACUUUCUCUCAGUACAGUGGAAGAUAUUAUUAGUAAAUUAUUAUUAUUUGUGUGUGUUUGUGUGUUAGUUCAGUGUUGUAUUGGGUGAGAGAUUGGAUUAGAUUGGAUUAGAUUAGAUCAGACGGAGAGAUGGCGGGCUUCAGUGCAGUUAUGAAAGCUCUGAUUUUCCUCACAUUUUCUCUCCAUCUUUCAUCAGCAGUCACACACUCCAUGCAGAUUUUCUACACUGCAGUUACACCAGGAAUAAAUUUCCCAGAAUUCACUGCUCUGGGUCAGGUGGAUGGACAGCAGUUUAACUACUACGACAGUAAGAUCAGGAGGACGAUCCCGAAGACGGAGUGGAUAAAGAAGGUCAAUGCUGAUGAUCCAGAUUACUGGAACAGAAACACACAGAUCAGGCAGGGUAAUCAGGAGACCUUCAAAGUCGGUGUGGAUAUACUGAUGCAGCGCUUUAAUCAAACUGCAGGAGUUCACACAGUGCAGGUGAUGUACGGCUGUGAGCGUGAUGAUGACGGCACCACUAGAGGAUACAGUCAGUACGGUUAUGAUGGAGAAGAUUUCCUCAGUCUGGAUCUGAAAACUAAAACAUGGAUCGCUCCGACACCUCAAGCUGUGAUCACCAAGAACAAGUGGGAGGCUACAGGAGCUGAGGCUAAUCAGUGGAAGAACUACCUGGAGAACACCUGUAUCGACUGGUUACAGAAGCACGUGGUUUACGGCAGAGAGACUCUGGAGAGGAAAGUUCCUCCUACAGCGUCAGUGUUCCAGGAAGAAGAAUCUUCUCCAGAGGUGGUGUGUCACGCUACAGGUUUCUUCCCCAAAACAGUGAUGAUCACCUGGCAGAAGAACGGAGAGGACGUGCAUGAGGACGUGGAGCUCAGAGAGACGUUACCCAACCAGGAUGGAAGCUUCCAGAAGAGAAGCAUUCUGACACUCUCAGCUGAGGAUCUGCAGAAACACACCUACACCUGCGUGAUUCAGCACAGCAGCUUGGAGAAGGAGAUAGUGCUGCGUGAGGAGGAUAUUCGAAUCCUGAAUCCUGGUGGAGCUCCGAUCGGUAUCAUCGUUGGUGUAGUCGCGGUUCUCCUGGUUCUCGUUGCCGUUGUUGCUGGAAUUGUGGUCUGGAAGAAGAAGAACUCUGGCUUCAAACCUGUUCCACCCAAACCCGCCUCUGAAGGAGAUUCUUCCUCCAACAACUCUUAAAGUGGACUGUGUGUGUUCCCGCUGCACUGAGAGAGAGAGAGGAGAGGGAGAUGAAGACCACACACACAUACAUACACACACACACACACACACACACACACAAUCUCACACGCGCACACACACACACACACACACAUUAUUCCAGUGUGUAUCUUGGUGUAUAAUUUUUCCUGUAUUUGGAUGGAGGAUCUUUUUAUUGUGAAUCUGUUAUUGCUGUAAAAUGGGAUUGAUAGGUAUUGGGGUUAGAGGAUGAUUAUUAUUAUUAUUAUUAUUAUUAUUAUUACUCUGUAAAUUCUGGUAGUUUUCUGUGUGAUGGGGUUUGAUGUGAAUCUCAGAUUUAAACUGUUGUGUAACACGUCUGGAUGAUGAACGCAGCUUUACACUCGACUAAUUUUACAUUCAGUACAACCUCGUACACACUUCCUGACACACACACACACACACUGAUUGUGAUUUCCUCAGGCUUGAGAUGUAAUUGUGUUUAAAGCGUUUUGAUGUAAACAGUAUCAGUGUGAUUAUUGUAGUGAAUUUUCACACAGCUGCAGUUGAACAUCAUUAUAUUAUAGUGUGUGUGUUUCAGGAGUGUGUAUGAGCUGCUUUACUCUCUACAUUUCUAAGAUGAUUUAGUGUAGAAUUGAACACAGAUCAUAACGUCAGUGCACGAGAGGUUUGAUCGACAUCUUUUACCUUUUAAUCCACUGACAUUUUCCUCACGGGCUGAACAGGAACCGAAUCUCUCCCACAAUCCCUCUGUUCUGUCUGUAACAAUCUGAACCAACAAUAAAGUCUAUUUUCUUCA